AUGCCUCGCGAAGUUGACGAGGCGGAGUCUCUAGAGUUCCCUACUAUUGAGCCUGCUAUUGAUGCGAAGCGCAAGGCAGACUUUGGUCCCAAUUAUUCGGGAGUGAAUCAGCGAAAGCGCCUCGCAGCUGUGACUCUCAACGAUGCGGUCGAAUUCUCGCAGGAUUUGGAAUCUUCUGAGCCUCCAAAUAAUGACACUGUGGUGCUCGGGGUACCCGAGAGUUCCAGCUUGGAUGAUGGCUUACUUCGCAUGUUCAAUGAGGUGGCAGCUGCUUUCGCGGGCAACACCUUAGUCGAAACUUCCUCUAUGGAGGCUCCUCCGAUGCCAGCUCAGGCUGAGGCAGGAUCUCAGGGUAUCGCAGUUCAACCUUCCAGGAGAAGUCGGGCUCAGACGGAACUGACCGUAAGAGCGAUAAAGGACGGAACUCCUUCCCAACUUGGCGUAUUCUUCCGGGGAGAGAAGUGGGUACGACCUUGCUCUUGA